AUGCCUGGUAUAACUGAGACAAGUCAGGUUACCGGACCUGUGCUGGCCCAUGUGAUUGUGACUGAGGAUCCCUACGAUGCUUCUGAGAGAGCGUUCCUUUCAACUGAUUUAUAUGAACUGCUUUUUGAAGAUUACGCCAACGGGUCAAAAUCUGGCUUGACUUUAAUUUCGAUUCAGCUUAUGGGUUCCUCUCUUUUCAAUGAGUUUCAAACUUUCAAAGUGUAUGAAAGCGAAGAGCAAUUGCCCCCUAAUACUGUCAACUUAUGCAACAUGGGCAACAUCAUUGAUUACAGCUCUGAUUUCACAGUUGACUCAGGAUAUGUAGCAAGAGUUGAUUCUCUGGUCAAACUGGAUACAGUUAUUAUUUCAGUCUUACCAGAGGUAUACAGCCUGGCUAGCCAGGCUUCUCAACAUCAAUUAGUCGAUAUUCUAGGUGGGAAUGAUCAACAUACUGUCAUAAGACAAGGUGAUUACAAUAAAGACAUCAACGGAAAAAUAUCUUUGUGUGAGCCUACCGACCAAGGCUUUCUAGAGUCUACAACCAAAAUAAUUGUGGUGAAAGAGAAUAGUUUGAACUUGCCUUUGCUAGAUCAAUCACAAGAUGGAAGCCUAAAUUACGAAGAAAAUGUCAAAAUGAACCUGGAACAUUCAAUCUCCAAUUAUUUUUCCUUAAAUUCCUUAGAUCCUGAGAACCAGAUUACCACAACAGGAGUAGAGUUCUCGGUCAAAUGUUUGGAUAGCCCCAUUUCUGUAAGGAAAACUGCGAAGAGUAUAAGUGUGGCUCAUGAUUCGGAGGAUGAAAGCUCUCCCAAACUAGUAGAGGAGGACAUUUCAAACGAGGAUACUCUGCUAUACGCCUUUUGCAAGACUACAGAGCUUGCCAAAAUUGGAUGUCUUUCUGGUGAUAUCGUGAAAAUGAAAUCAGGACAGUGUCAAUGCACUACGUUUGAAUGUAAUUGUGAAUCUUGCCCUGUACAAUACAGGUAUAUCCGAAUUCAUGCAUUUACUGACCCUAAUACGUAUGAAAAAGGAUGCAUCUAUCUGAACCCAAUUCUUUCUUUUAAUUUAAACAACCCAAAGAUUGUGAAACUAUGCCCAAUAUCUAUCCCCGAUAAGAGAUUUGAGCUGCAAGGUUUCCACUUUUCCAAGUUCAUCCCAUUGGCAAAGCAGGUUACGAUUGCCAGAGUUUCUUCUCCAGUUACGCUUGACAGGACCUUGCAAACAUUAUUUUUAACUAACUUGAAAACGUAUUUUGAAUCUGGCCGAAAAGUGCUUUCAAAAGAUCAAUUGAUUCCAAUUCCAGUUGACACACUUCUCGCCAAGUCAAUAUUCAGCACAUAUGAAAAGUUGGGAGUCGAUGACUCGCAGUUCCCAACUGUCAUACCUGAAGGAAAACCUGAUGCAAUUGCGUGGUUUAAGGUAACCGAGGUUUCAGGCGAACUAGCCGAUUCAGCCUCCCAGCAGUUUAUCAUUGAUCCAUUGAAGACCAAAAUGAUGCAAUCAGGAGUCGUUUCCUGCUCCCCGCCCAAAAAUAGUCAACACUGCAAUUGGGCUAACUAUUUAGGAUGCGGUCAGAUGUUUUCCUUUCCUAACGUUUCUGGUGUAACGACUUCAACCUUUGAGUACGCCAAAACGUUGCGCAAAUUGAUCAAAGCUACCAUUGAUCCAUCAAGGUUGGUAAACCUUCAAACCACAGUUUUGUUGUCGUCCUUAUCCAGAGCAAUUGGGAAGUCACUUCUAGUUCACAGUCUUGCCCUUGAAUGUGGUGUUCAUUUAGUUGAAAUUGAUGGGUACGAGGUUUUGAACCCAUCUUCUGAGUCAAAGACAAUUGGAACAAUUAGAGGAAAAUUGGAUAGAGUUGUAGAGGGCUGUACGCCUUUAAUUGUGUUUAUUAAGCACAUCGAAGCUCUCACCAAAAAGUCUGAACAACAGCAAAAAGAUUCACUAGCUGUUAAGAUCAACGAAUUGAUUGACGAGUAUACGGCAAAACCUGGAGUCCUUUUUGUUGCUUCAACUAACGAUUCCGAUAACCUCAGUGAUGAGCUAAGAGCAAAGUUUAAGUUCGAAAUUGUCCUUGGUGUUCCUUCAGAGCAAGAAAGAACGUUGAUUUUUAAAUACUUGAUUGACUUUGACCAGAAGACAACUCCCAAGGUUACUGAGGGAACGAGAGAGCUUUCAUUUGCACCCAGAAAUGAUUUAUCUCUCAGUUCGUUAUCGCUUCAGAGUGCUGGGUUGACACCCAGAGACUUGAUCUCUAUUGUAGAAAAUGCUAAGACAUUGGCAGUUGACAGAGUAGAGAGCCUUGCUAAGCACCAUAAUGUUUCAUUUGAGAAUAUGGUAUAUUCCAGCGGGGGAUAUAUCAAGUUUACUCCUGAAGAUGUUGAAAAAUCUAUCAAUACUGCGAGAAAUAAGUUCAGUGAUUCCAUCGGGGCACCUAGAAUUCCGAACGUCAAAUGGGAAGAUGUAGGUGGUUUGGAUGUGGUCAAGGAUGAGAUACUGGAUACUAUUGAUAUGCCAAUGAAACAUCCUGAGCUUUUCAGUAACGGUAUUAAAAAGAGAAGUGGUAUUUUAUUUUACGGGCCCCCGGGAACAGGGAAAACUCUGCUUGCUAAAGCCAUUGCAACAAACUUUGCUCUCAACUUUUUCUCUGUAAAGGGCCCAGAGUUGUUGAAUAUGUAUAUUGGAGAGUCAGAGGCCAACGUGCGUAAAGUGUUUCAAAGAGCACGAGACGCUAAACCAUGUGUUGUAUUUUUUGAUGAACUGGAUUCUGUUGCUCCAAAAAGAGGUAACCAGGGAGAUUCGGGAGGAGUAAUGGAUCGUAUUGUAUCUCAAUUGCUUGCUGAAUUAGAUGGUAUGAGUGGUGGUGAUGGCGGAGAUGGCGUCUUUGUCGUUGGUGCUACUAACAGACCAGAUCUGUUGGACGAAGCCUUACUUAGACCGGGAAGAUUUGAUAAGAUGUUAUACCUUGGAGUCUCUGAUACCCACGAAAAGCAAAGCAAGAUAAUGGAGGCACUGAGUAGAAAGUUUCAUCUACAUCCCUCGGUGGAUUUGGAUAAAGUGGCUGAGAGCUGUCCUUUCACAUUUACAGGUGCUGACUUCUAUGCUCUAUGUUCUGACGCAAUGCUUAAUGCAAUGACCAGAAUCGCCAAUACAGUGGACGAGAAGAUCAAGAGAUACAACGAGGAGCUGCCAGAAAAGAGUCAAGUGAGCACACGCUGGUGGUUUGACAACGUAGCGACAAAAGAGGACAUAGACGUAUUAGUGACUUUGGAAGACUUUGACAAAUCUAGGAAAGAACUAGUUCCAUCAGUCUCUGCAGAAGAGUUGGAUCACUAUCUAAGAGUGAGGCAGAACUUUGAAGGAGGAAAAGAGAAGAAGGUCGUGCAAGAGAAUGGACAGACAGAACACUUUUCUAAUGGCUCUGCAAAUAAUCAUAUCACCUUCGGUGAUGAGCAAGUUGUGGAGGCCAUAGACGAGAACGGCAACUCGAUAAUAGCCUGA